GGAAGGAGGGUCAAAUCACUUUGGCAAAGCAAGCAACUUUAUCCUUCUCUUUCGUCUCCCUCCGGCACAACUUCAAGUCCCAUUUACAGGAUUUGCAUAACUUGUCUUCAAUCUUGAUGGGUGAUGGUCCUCGAGGAAUAAAAUUCAUUUCAGAUCACUUUCAAGUUUCAUCAUCUAGUGUGGAUAAUACUGUUCAAAGGUCAUCUUCCAAAGCGUCGUGCCCCAGCUCUAGCAAUUCUACUAGGUCGAACAGUAGUUAUUGGGCUAGAAGAAAAUUAAGAUCUGCUGCAUCCAUGCUGAAUUUCUUCAGCUUACCAUGGGGAUCUGGAAGCCAGGAAAAGGUUGUAUUAACUGCUUCGGAAAUUGAAUGUCUUAAAUCCGAGGUUACUGAUUUAGAAGAACGAGAAGCUCUUUUGAAAGCUCAAUUGCAGCAUCUGGAUGAAAUUUUACGAUCUGCUGGUCUUUCAGGCUAUCUGUUCAUCCGCAGUAGAUGGGCGGCUUUACCUGGAGAACCUCCUCCCCUUGAUGAUUUAGAUGUUGAUGAUUGGCUUCCCCGUUUCCUUGUUCUUCAUGGUCCAUGCAUAUUCUUCUAUUUGAAGUCCAUAGAUAUGAGUCCUCAGGAUUCUACCCUACUUGCGGAUGUGACUGAAAUUGGUCCUCUUCCGAGUUUUACAAGAGAAGAUGAGGAAACUCGAUAUUGCUUUUAUAUUGUAACUCGUCAUGGGCUACGAUAUGAGUGUGCUAGCGUUUCCAAAAUCCAGGUGGAAAUGUGGUUGGACACUUUGAAACAAGUAUGCAAGUUAGAAAGUAAUGAAAGAUCUGCUUCAAGAGCCGUCAGAUCGUUUGUCUCUGCUUCCAAACAGAGUUCUCGUGUUCUUACCGAGGCCCAAGUGACUCCUGCUGCUGCAGCGGUUUUGUCACGAGGAAAGGUUCAAUCUUUAGCUUCAUUUUGGAGAACUGGACCUGAAAAUGCAUCUAAAGGAUGGAUUUCUGGAGCAUUCGCCCUUCCUGCUGCAGUUUACAUGCUUAAUGAGCAGGAAGUAAAUGCUGCAGAGUUGGAGCGAACUUUCAUUGCUAUAAAACCCGAUGGAGUGCAGAGAGGGCUGAUUUCAGAAAUCAUUUCUCGUUUUGAACGAAAAGGUUUCAAGCUUGUAGCAAUCAAGAUAGUUGUCCCAUCCAAGGAGUUUGCACAAAAGCAUUACCAUGAUCUAAGUGAGAGGCCCUUCUUCAAUGGCCUUUGUGAUUUUCUUAGCUCCGGCCCUGUUGUUGGAAUGGUCUGGGAGGGUGAGGGUUCGAUUAAGUAUGGUCGCAAGCUUAUUGGAGCCACUGACCCACAGAAAUCAGAACCUGGAACCAUUAGGGGUGAUCUAGCUGUUGUUGUCGGAAGAAAUAUCAUCCAUGGAAGCGAUGGUCCCGAGACUGCUAAGGACGAGAUUGCAUUGUGGUUCAAGCCAGAAGAGUUGGUUAGCUACACUAGCAACUCCGAGAAGUGGAUCUAUGGAGACAACUGAGAUUUAAAAAUGAAAAACAGUUAGAUUAUGAAUAAAAUGAUCAUGUUUUGGUCAUUGAUGAUUAUGAUGAUAAUAAAUACUAAUAAUCUAUUUGACAUUCAUUCAAAGAGGAAUUUUCUUAUUUAGAUAAUCUUCUUCUCAAGACAGACAUUAUUGUUUUCCCAUUUUUAUGGAAUAGUUGAGGUUAUUAUU